AUGACUCCCGAUAACUAUCCCGUCUAUAAAGCUAAAUCGCAUAUGGCCCUCCCAGAUCCGCACAUGCCGCCCGGUCGCUUCCAUCACGCCAUAUUCGUGGAGACCAGCAAAGACGGCUCUGGUACUCUGUACCAUGUCACCGGCGACGUCACUUCAGCAAACGGGAUGAGCUAUGAGAGUAGAGAGUCGCCUGAUCCAGCUCAAUUAGAGGGUUUCUAUUCUAAACAACUGCUGGGUUAUACUGGUUCCGACGUCCAUCCGGAAAAAUGGAAUACGGUUCUUGCUUCCCUGCCGACUCCGCCGCAGCAAAAGGCUUCGAAUCCGAGGAAGCAAGGUCGCGUUGAGCCUUUUAGAGAGAAGGUUGGGGACUAUGAAUAUGUUUUUUAUAGUGAUGGGGAAGAGCGUAAGCCGCUUUGGAAGUGUACGGAAUGGGUUGAGUGGCAUGCAAUUCCUGCUCUUCAUGAACAUGGCCUGAUUCGGAGCAGUGACUAG